CGCUUUCAUUUUGAAAUUUCUUGGGGAGGCGGGGCAACAGCAAUGUACCUGCCCACCUUUACCCUAACUGGGCUAGCAGCCCGUCCAGGUGCCCUUCCAGGUGGCCUUCCGACCCCUGGCCUUGGCGCUUUCGGCACUUCGGCGUAUCUUAAUUGCGAGGCUGAUACCCGAAGAGUCUGAAGAGUCUGGCUUGGUAGGCGAGGCUCCACUCGCAACCGACUUGGCCCCAAUCAGAUUGCACGUUCUCAAGGAAAACUUCAGAGCGCAUCACGAACACUGGGAGCUGUACCGCCGGCCUGCUGCUCACAGCCCUCGGCUCUCCGACACUAAAACAUAGCUGGUCAUGACAAGAUAGCGAUUAUGGCUUCCCUGCGUUACGGUAUACGCUGUUUGAGGACCUCUGCUGUAUCGGCUCCGAAACAAUGGCCGUCACUCAGCUCUACACAGCCAGCGGACACCGCCAUAACGAAGCGAGCUAUUGCGACUUCGGCCUCUCGCCAACAAGAUGAUUCGGCCCUCAUGAGUGCGCUCGAUGCACUAGACACAAAGAAUCAGGAGGUCAUAGCUACAUAUGCGCGCCCCAUGCCUGUUUCGCCUUCCUACUUCUCGCGUCACCCUCAAUUCAACGACAGCUUUGUCCAUGUGCAAGAUCUUGCCCGCAAAUAUGCACGCCUACCAAUGCUACACCCGAGUCAGGUUGAACGAGUAGCUUGGAAGACGAAGGAACAAUACCGGAUAGCACUUGGCGAGCAUGUCAAGGCAAGGGAUUACGCAGCUUGCCUCGGUCUAGCGAAGAGAUUAAAUCAGAUACACCCAGAGCUGAUGCCCGAAGAAGUAAAAACCGGUCUCCGACCGUUCCGGCGAGAUAUUAAUAUCUUUCUCAACCGUCCCAAACCGAUGCCGGUGGACAAAUUUGGUAGAUCACAUGGCGUAGGGAAGCGGAAGACUUCGGUUGCACGAGCUUGGCUUGUUGAGGGGACUGGUGAAGUUUUGAUCAAUGGCAAGCCUAUGAACGAGGCGUUUGGCCGAAUUCAUGAUCGCGAGAGUGCUCUCUGGGGAUUAAAAACUACAGACAGACAAGACAAGUACAACGUCUGGGCAUUGGUAGAUGGUGGUGGUUCCACUGGGCAGGCAGAAGCGUUGGCUAUGGCCAUUGCCAAAGCACUCGUUGUCCAAGAACCACCGUUGAAGACGCCACUUAGACGAGGUAAGACCACAUCAGUCCACACCGAGAUUAACACACGAAGCCAGACUUUGACACUUGUUUUUAGCCGGUUGUAUUACCCGAGAUCCAAGAAGCGUGGAAAGGAAGAAGGCAGGUCAUCUCAAAGCAAGAAAGAGUCCUACAUGGGUCAAGCGAUAGAACGGCUGUCAUCGUUUAUUUCUGUGCUGGGAAUCAGCCAAGGGACUGGGCUCUCCGUGUAUGUGUGCUUUGGCUCCUAUCCUCCUCGUUGUCAACAUUCCAGGACACGUGGACCGAUCAACUCUAGAGCAUCUCAAACCGCAUCCUGUGAGAUGAUCCAAAUGUACAAAAUUGUAUUAAUGUACCUCUUAUCAUGUCUGGGCUAUUCGAAGACCAUCAAACACUUUGCACGAGGUGUCCCUAUACCAGGCACAGUCAUUACGAAGCCGAAACGACCGAGUUGUGUUCGUGACAGAUUCUGGCUUGUGCCAGUUUCCAGUAAUCAUGAAGCAAUCGGCCGCGUUGCUCAGCUUCCUAGCCUGUAUCGGCGUCCCCGCCCCAGGUGAUUAGCACCUUGAACUAGAGCGAAAAUCUUUAUCCAAUGCUCUUUUAAGCACAGUUUGAUGAGCUUUCUGCUGAAAUCGGUUCAUUUUCAAGCAUGGUAAAGGGUGAAUCACGAGCCCAUACACCAUAAAACUCGGCCAUGCCACCUAAUGCCUGCCUAGUCUGUGGAGGUGGCCGUCUUGGCGACCUCGUGGGCCUCCACUAGGCGAUUGCGAGGCGAGUCAUCCCGAGAUAGAGCGGCCGUCACGUUUCAGGUACUUUACUUGGAUAGCUAGGCGCUUUACCAAGGUCAAUUACAGCUUAGCUCUCUCGAGUUUGUAGUCCGACAUCUUCCCCAGCGUCAACGCAUGUGGGUAAUGACGCGAUUGCCCGGUACUGACCGGGACCCAGUAGGUAAACCGCUCACGGGGGCCCAAAUCGUAAGAGCAAUCAUGACACAAUUGAGCCAUGCUAGUACAAUCUGACGAGCGAUCUCCGAUGCGACAUCCUACCGUCCCAGAUAUCUACCUAGGCUGAGAGGGAAAGGGUAAGGCGCAAGUAAUUCCGGAGGAAGAAAACAAAGCACGACAAUUUCCACUGUGCCCAUAUGUAACAUCAUCCCCAGGCGUAUAUGUACAAGAAGCGAUAAAUAGUAUGCCAUACUGUGCUCCUGCGUAAAUAAGUAUACUUAUGUGAGGGUUUUACUGUCCAAUGGGACCUCAUAUUAUAGGUCUCAGGCAUAAUACCUAUCAAUACUAAUUACACG